AUGGCGCAAAAUGACAGUCAGUUAUCAGGUCUUCGGAUUCUGCUGAUUGGUAAAACUGGGUCAGGAGUUAGCGCUACUGGAAACACUAUCCUGGGUGAAAAUGUGUUUCUAUCUCGGCAGAGCACAAACUCCAAGACUCACAGUUGCCACGAACACAGAGCUGAAGUUUCAAACAGAAGAGUUACAGUAAUUGACACUCCAACGUUCUUUAAUACAGAAAACAUAAAUCUAAAUAUAGAGUUAAAGAUAAGAUUGAACAUGGGCUCUCCAGGAAUCCACGCAAUUCUUCUGGUUCUCCCUUUACAUAAACUAAACUAUGCAGAUACUGUGUCCUCAUUUAAGCAGAUGUUUGGUAAGAAUGCCAUGAAACACACAUUAGUCCUGUUCACAUAUGGAGACGAGCUUAAAAACAACCCAAUUGAUCAGCUAAUAAAACAAAACCCAGAGCUGUCCAAACUAAGAGAUGAGUGUGGAGGGAGAUAUCACGUACUGAACAACAAAGAUCUGAACGACAGAGAGCAGGUCACCAAUCUCCUGAUGAUGAUCGAAGGAAUGAUGUCUACAAAUCAGAACAGCUGCUACACAUUACAAAUGUUUGAUCCUCAGCCGUUUAAUGUUCUUCUGCAGAGAAUUACAAAGCCAAAAUAUCUGAAUCCUGGAAAUGAACCGAGGCUGAGGAGAAUCGGGAUCGCGGAGACGUUAUACACCCCUGGAGGUAAGGAAACAACAGGUAAUUAUGCAGGUAAGGAGUCUGGUAUUGUUCGGGUAGUGAACGGUAGACCGGACACUGGAAUACUGAGUGGAGUGAGAAGAUAUAGCGGCCUUGAUUGGGGCGGCGACGAGGGCGACCGCGACUUCGGGGUGCGGGACUGUUUGGAUGGUUGCGGUGGAAUUCUUCCAGCAGUAAUGGAUCCAGUAUAUCGUCGCAGGCCACCCAGGACCUCUCCUCCGCUCCAUAUCCUUCCCAGUCGUCGCGGGCCACCCAGGACCUCUCCUCCGGUCCGUAUCCUUCCCAGUCAAUAA